GAGCGUAGUUGCCGCUGCUGCUGGAGUCGCUGCUUCGUUGCCUGGGCCGCGUUCUCUGAGCCGGAGCCCGAUCUCCAAGCGAAACUACAUUGAUGUGCUUCUGUAAAUUGAAAAGGGGAGGAAGCAUUUAUAAGAAGAAUGUCUGCUCCUAGCUGGAAACCAUUUGUCUAUGGAGGUUUGGCCUCUAUCACUGCAGAAUGUGGUACUUUUCCAAUUGAUUUAACCAAGACACGUCUCCAGAUUCAGGGACAGACAAAUGAUGCCAAAUUCAAGGAAAUUCGAUAUCGAGGAAUGUUACAUGCAUUAGUAAGGAUAUUCAGAGAAGAAGGACUGAAAGCAUUAUAUUCUGGGAUCGCCCCCGCAAUGUUACGGCAAGCUUCUUAUGGUACAAUAAAGAUAGGCAUUUAUCAGAGCUUGAAGAGAAUGUUUGCUGAUCGACCAGAAGAUGAAACCCUCCUGUUAAAUGUCAUAUGUGGGAUUCUUUCUGGAGUUAUUUCUUCAUCCAUUGCCAAUCCAACAGAUGUUUUGAAAAUAAGAAUGCAAGCUCAAAGCAAUGUGAUUCAAGGAGGAAUGAUAGGCAAUUUCAUCAAUAUUUACCAACAAGAAGGAACUAGAGGACUUUGGAAGGGGGUAUCCCUAACUGCUCAGAGAGCCGCCGUUGUUGUUGGAGUGGAAUUACCAGUCUAUGACAUCACCAAGAAGCAUCUCAUUCUGUCUGGCCUUAUGGGAGAUACUGUCUAUACACACUUUCUCUCAAGCUUCACCUGUGGUUUAGCUGGAGCUCUUGCUUCAAAUCCUAUUGACGUUGUGAGAACACGUAUGAUGAAUCAGAGAGCAUUACAAGAUGGAGCAUGUUCUGGUUAUAAAAGCACCCUGGAUUGCUUGUUACAGACAUGGAAGAAUGAAGGAUUUUUUGCUUUGUAUAAAGGAUUUUGGCCAAAUUGGUUGAGACUCGGUCCUUGGAAUAUUAUUUUCUUUGUGACAUAUGAACAAUUAAAAAAAUUGGAUUUGUGACAGCGAACAGAUGGCUUCAGACACCACUCUGACAAGGAGGCUAUUUUCAGCAACAGUUAUGCUUUCUGCUUUUCAUUGCUUGACUCAUCACAAAUUUUGAGAUGCAGGCAGCGGAUCAAAAAUGUCACCGCAAGAGUGUCCACUUAAAUCCCUCAGAUGGAACUUACCAAUUACCUGAAAGUAUAAAAUUUGCAGUCAGAACGUCUCUUCUUACUCUUUCAGUGCUCUUGGAUAUCACACGUAUAAAGGUUAGGCUGCAAUUUGUAGUACUAUGUAGGGGGGAAGGAAGAAAUAAGAAUCUCUUCUGUGACAAGAUGACUGAUAUAGCUCAGUUUCUAGCUGGCAAUAUCUUACACAAUGACAGGGGACAGGGAAAGGAUCUGUGAUUUCAUUUGUUAUAGAUGCUUCGACCAAGGGACUUUGGUCUAGCAGGGUAGGUCAGCCACUUCCUUGCAACUUAAAAAGUUGAUUGGAGUAGUGACUUGCCUGGGGAAGAUUUGAAUCCAGAUCUUCCUGUUUUCCGAGAAGGAUCUUUAUCUACUACUCCAUACUGUCUCUCAUGCAGCUAUAUUUUAUAUAGAGAAUGUUAAAGAGCUCUACUGCAGAAGCCCUCUCUAGCUUCUUCCUGGAGUCUCCAGAAACUUGGUUCUUGGACUCCUGAUGACUUUGACUUAACAUCUUUGGAAGAGAGAACUCUGCAAAGAGGAUGGUUCUAGGUGAUCAGCUUGAGAAUAAUCAGUGGAAACAUUGUAUAGAGAGUUUAUACCUGAAUUUUUUUUUUUUGUAUUUUUGUGUAUGUAGUUGUUUUUAGAUUCAUUUUUAAAUGAAUGUCUUUUAACUUCAUAUUCACAAUGAAUGUAAAGCAUUAAGAACUUCGUUUUUGUGGCAAAGUGUUAGCCAAUGCUGUCAUUUGUUACCACUGUUGCAGCUUCAAAGAAAGUUGCCUUUAAUGGGAGCUAUUUCACUGUUUGAAGGGGUACUAGAUAGAAUGUCCAGAAAUCUGCAUUCUGUGUUGGGCCGUGUCACCAAUAUGCUGUUUAACUUUUUAGGAAAAGCCUAAAAACCUUCUAGUUCUUCAAUUUCCUCAUCUCUAAAAUGGUUAUGAAGUGGCCUCCUAAUGUACUAAAGGUGAAAUGAUAUCAUUCAAUCUCUCUUUAAAUCCUUGUGUUGAGGGAGAUAAUAGUGUUUCCUAUUUCUCUAAGCUGAGUUUUACAGCAAGCAGUUACUGUAUUGGACUUGUUACAUUUCAAAAGAUGAGUUGUGUUACAAUAGGUUGCCUUCCCUGGUGAUUUAAGUUAGCCAGCACAAGGCUAAAAGGAAUAUAUUGCAUUGUUUGUUCAAAUUUUAUGAAGUAGACUUUGAUUACCAAAAAUAGAAACUAAACCAGGAUGGGGAAAAAAAAAGCCAAACUCAUUUAAAUGACAAAACCCUAAGAUAAAUAAGUUUGUUUAGUGAUUUUUCUCCAGGUGGCAGUAUAGGAUCACUCAGCUGAGCCCAUCCAAGCUUUAGAUCGCUUGUUAACAUUACCAAAUCCCAUCUCUGUAUUUUAUUAUUUUACCACACAUUCCACCAAUAGACUAUAGUUAAAUCAAAAGACAGAUUCCUUUUAAAUUCAAAGGACUUUUUUCUCCCAACUAAUCACUCAAUAAUGUUUUCUUUUUUAAAUUGCACAAGACACUUUAAUAUUUUUUAGAAGGUGUAUAUAUUUUCCAAAAGAUAGGCAAGUUCAUUAUUAAAACUAAUUAUAAAAUGAUGUAGUUAUGAUCAUCCUAUGUAUUUGUCCCAUUAUUCUGUUUUCUUACUAUUUGCAUUUAAAGUUCCUGCUAUAAUGCAACUGAAAGGGUUAGGUUAGAUGAGUUCUAAGUCCCUUUCUAUCUGAAAAUUCAGUGGUUUAAAUAAAAAUGCUUUUUUUUUUUUUAAAGCCUCAUUUUAAAAUACACUAAAACCUUUUAAAAGAAUGUAUCAUUUUUAGGGCUCAGUUAUUUAGUACUUGCUUCGACUAGCUUUAGGCCUUAGAAUGAUUAAUGAUCAUUUAAGCAGAUGCUAGUCAGUGACUGAGGAAUUGGGAGGACACACCCUUCUCAUAUGUUUUAAGGGCACAGCUAAAGCCUUCUUCUACCCCCUACUUUUUGGUAUGUUUUUGGAAUAUGAAUAAAAGAAUUUUAUGAUUUAAAGUUGUUUUCUCUAUAUUUUCUGUAAUCAAAUUGCUAAAAAUGUUUUCUAUUAUUUGCACGUGGAUUCAUUUAGCUUUUAUUAUUAAAAGUUGCCAGUCACUGUAUAGAGAAAUGUUUCCUACUUAUAUUUAUUUAUGAGUUUGAAUUACAGAGCUUUACAUACAAUUGUCAUUUUCAUAAGCUUUUCUGCUUCUAGCUUUUUAUUUAAAUAUUGCUGAGUUGUGCAGAGGCCAAUUUUUAAUAAACUGGAGCAAUGCAUAAAAAUGAAAAA